UCCUUCUAUUAGGCCAAAUACAAUAUAAAGCUGAUUGUUUUCUGCAUCGCAGGAGAAGUAAAAAAAAUCUUCCAUGAUGAACUCUAAAACGAAGCGCUACAACCUGAGCGACUCUACAAUCCGACUUGUGGAAGAAGAGGAUCAGUUUGACUUUCUGUGUGAAGGUUUUGAUUCCCCGAGAGCCCGGAUGUCCUGCGGACAUGUGGUGACCCCGAUGUCUCUCACGAAGUGGUGCCAGCAACUGCUCAAACAGGGAAAAUCCAGGUUUGUGUGCGGUCAGUCUGGCUGUAAUGCUGAGUGGCCUUAUCAGGAGGUUUGUAAAAUGGCCCUGCUGACCCCUGAAGAAAGGAAGAACUUUGAGACGACCAUGGCCCUGAAUGCUGCCGUCGGAGAUCCUAACACAAAGUUUUGUCCAGGCUGCAUGACUCCUGUGACCAGAGGGAGCAGCUCAAACCUCUAUGUCUGCUGCCAAGUGUGUUCAGCAAAGACCGGACGCAGCUUUGGGUUCUGCUGGCAGUGUCUGAGGGAGUGGAAAGGUCAACAGCCUCGAUCCGACCGCUGCGAAAACGACGACUGCCACAAUUCUGCCCUGAAGACGCUGAGAGAGUGUCCAGAAGUUAAAAUUAAAACUGUGAAUGGAGUCAAAGGCUGUCCGUCAGUCCGUGCCUGUCCGACCUGUGGCUCACUGAUCCAGCACACUGGGAUAGGAUGCAAAAACAUUUCAUGUCCAAGAUGUAAGAUGUCGUUUUGUUUUGGCUGCCUAAAGACAAUUAGUGAAUGCAGGACCACAGGAACCCACAAUGUUUACGGAGUGUGCUCCAUUGACAUUGUUCCCAGACAGACGUCUAUACCUGUGUGGCAGAGGAAAUGAUGUGAAUUAUGUAAACCACCACUGCUUUUUGAUUACCUGCUUCUUCUUUGCUACUCAUUUAAGAUCCUUCAAAUCCAACAACAAUUAUGACAAUUCCAACAAUAUUUGUACUCUACUCAUUAUAAACUAGCUACCAGCUGAACGUACUAGCUACGUUC